AUGGCCGUGCAAUUCAUGUUCUUGUUGUCAAGACAAGGAAAGAUUAGAUUGACAAAAUGGUAUCAAACCAUAUCUCAAAAGGAAAAGGCCAGAAUAAUGAGAGAACUCUCCACAUUGAUUCUCUCGCGUAGAGCUAAAAUGUGUAACGUGUUAGAGUACAAGGAUAUUAAGAUUGUAUACCGUCGUUACGCAUCAUUAUUUUUUAUAAUGGGAAUUGAUCAAGGAGAUAACGAGUUGUUGGCAUUGGAAAUUAUACACAGAUUUGUAGAACAAAUGGAUAAGAUUUACGGUAAUGUUUGUGAGUUAGAUAUUAUAUUUGGCUUUGAUAAAGCCUACCAUAUCCUAGAUGAACUAUUGAUUGAUGGUUAUGUGCAGGAAUCAAGUAAGAAGGAAGUUUUGAAGAAGGUAGCACAGCAAGAUGAACUAGAAAACAUGGAUGAAUUUGAUAAUAUACUAGCGUAA